AUGGGAGGUGACAUGCCAUGGCCGCAAGUCCCCGUGGGCAAUAAGGACCACACUGAGGCAGCUGUGGUCAUCAUCGGCGCGGGGAUUUCCGGCAUGUGCACCGCCAUUGACCUGAUCAAAAGAAACAACUGCAGAAACUUCGUUAUCCUCGAAAAGAGUGGCGGGCUUGGUGGCACAUGGCGAGACAACAAGUACCCAGGAUGCUGUUGUGAUGUCUGGUCACAUUUAUACAGCUACUCGUUCGAGCAGAACCCCGACUGGACCAGAGAGUACCCUGGCCAGGAGGAAAUCUUGCAGUAUCUCAUGGGGGUCGCCCAAAAGUACGAGUUAUACCGUUAUGUACGCUUCAACACCGCCGUGGACUCAGCCAAGUGGGAUGACGCAGAGAAAAAGUGGAAGACAACAGUGUCUGUGCAGGGCGCCAAAGACGCCGAGUUUGGGAGCACAUAUACCAUUACCUCUGACUUUCUAGUCUCUGCCGUGGGCCAGCUCAAUGUGCCUAGAAUGCCAGAAAUACCAGGCCUUGACGACUUUCAGGGCAAACUCAUGCACAGCGCCCGCUGGGACUGGAGCUACGAUCUACGAGGCAAGAAAGUUGCCAUUAUUGGAAACGGUGCCACAGCCGCGCAGAUCAUUCCAGAGAUUGCCAAAGAGGUUUCUCAUCUUACCAUCCACCAAAGGACUCCCAACUGGGUCAUUCCUCGUCUCGACUCUACUAUUCCAGCCUGGAAGAGAAGUGUGUACAAGUAUCUUCCCUUUGUCCGGUGGCGAAAGCGAGCCGACAUGAUGGAUUUCCGGGAAGCAUUCUAUGCCGCCGUGUUUGAUAACGCAUCCAGCACCGCACAAUUUCUUGAGGCGCAGAGCAAAGAUCAUCUCCAUGCUCAACUUCCAAAUCGACCCGACUUGUGGGAGAAGCUGCAGCCAAACUAUUCGAUUGGUUGCAAACGCGUCAUCAUCAGCGACGACUACUUCCCCGUAUUCCUCCGUGACAAUGUUCGAUUGGAAACCGGCAAAAUCGACAAGAUCACGGCCAACGGCAUUGUCACUGACGGGGAAGAGGAGGAUUACGAUCUCAUUAUUCUCGCCACUGGUUUCCGCACAGUCGAGUUCAUGCAUCCCAUCAACAUCACAGGCAGCGCCGGGCGAACGUUGAGCGAGAUCUGGAAGGAGGGUGGGCAAGCUCUGUAUGGUGUGACUGUCGAGAGUCUGCCCAAUUUCGGGAUGCUGUAUGGGCCCAACACGAAUCUGGGACACAACAGCAUCAUCCUCAUGAUCGAGACGCAGAGCAAAUACAUCAACGCCCUGAUCAAGCAGGUCAUUGAUGCCCGAAAGAAUGGUGGCAGCCUGGUGAUCCAGCCUAACCCGGCCAAAGUCAAAAAGUACAACGAUGAAAUCCAGUCGGAACUGGAAAGGAGCAGCUUCGCAGAUCCCAACUGCAACAGCUGGUACAAGGUCAAGGAUAGCGGCAAGAUCACCAACAACUGGAGUCGCACCGUCGUGGACUAUCAGAAGCUUUUGAGCAAUGUCGACUGGUCCGACUAUGAACUCUCAGGGACUGUUGCAGAUAAAGUGGCCAAGCAAAAGCCCACGCAUAUUGGGCGAGUUGUAGAAGAGUCGCAGAUCAGCUACCAAACCAUGGCUCUGACGGCGCUGAGCUUAGCAGCGGUGGGCGCGGGUGUUGCUCUCCGGCACACGGGUAGGCUUCGGUUCUGA